AUGCCCGGCGAAGGAUGGCUGUUCCUCUUCUCUAUUCUGCUGACGGCAAUUCUGCUGUUUGUCAUGGUGUUCUAUGUGAUCAUGUACUCGGAUCUCGAGUCUGACUACAUCAACCCGAUUGAUCUGUGCACGAAACUGAACCAGGUAGGCACGCGCGUGCUGACGCAGUUCACGCUCCCGGAGAUGGCGGCCCAUGCCUUCCUCACAGUGCUGUUUUUGUUCCAUGGCCAGUGGGUGGCCCUGAUGAUCAACCUGCCCCUGCUCGCAUACAAUGUUAACAAGGUGAUAAACAAGACGUACCUGCUCGAUGCGACGGAAAUUUUCCGGACGCUCAUGAGCCAUAAGAAGGAGAGUUUCAUCAAGCUGGGAUUCUACCUGCUGACCUUCUUCUUCUACCUCUACCGAAUGAUCAUGGCACUUGUGGCCGGUACGCACCGCAGCGCGUCUGACAUGCAGAAGAGUAAUCUGGUUCCAGGAGCGGAUCCCGUACAUGGGCUGCCAUAG